UCCCCAUUUAGAAGCCAUUUUGGACACAGAUCAGUAACAUGCAUGUAAACCCCGACCGACCUCCCGACGCAGCGGUGCUACUAUUCAAGUGAAUAACCUCAAAAAAAGAGCGCUGAGCUUUCGUCUCGAACGUUGUAGCGGCUUCACAUUACGGCUUUUUUGGGAUUCACUUCGAAAUGCUGCACGUAUUAUUGGACUAAGAGCCCCGGCAAGUCAGUUAAUCGCUCCUAUCUUUUCUUGCAACAUUGUUGCAGCGUCGCGGCUAUUGACACGCGCUGUGGUGCUGGUGCUGGUGGUUAGGCUGCCGGAGGGACCGCAGGCCUGUGGUCGGUUUGAUCCUGGACUGAUGUUUCGGACAAGCUGAGUUUUAAUGUUCGCGACGGAAAGCGGGGGAAAUCUCUGUCCUGUAUUUCAAACGGAACAUGUCUUUUUCAUGGCUGACUUGUUCACUUCUUCUGGGAACUUUAUGCGCAGGGUACAGUCUUGGCGAAGCAGAGACCCGGGAGUGUGUGUACUACAAUGAUAACUGGCGUACGGAGAGGACCAACCAGAGUGGCUUCGAGCGCUGCGAGGGGGAGAAAGACAAGCGACUGCACUGUUAUGCCUCCUGGCUCAACUCCUCAGGGACCAUCAAGCUGGUGAAGAAAGGCUGCUGGCUGGACGACUUCAACUGCUAUGACAGGCAAGAGUGUGUCUCCAUGGAGGAAAACCCUCAGGUCUUCUUCUGCUGCUGCGAGGGCAACUACUGCAAUGAACGAUUCACCCACCUUCCUGACAUGAUUGGCAGUGGCAACCGAGUGAAAAUUCGGCCUCCACCCCGAGUGCCGUCCCUGCUCAAUGUGCUGGUGUACUCCCUGCUGCCACUCUGCGUGCUGUCCCUGGCCCUCGUUCUGGCCUUGUGGAUGUACCGUCACCGCAAACCUCCCUAUGGCCAUGUAGACCUGAUUGAGGAUCCUGGACCAGCUCCUCCGUCCCCUUUGGUGGGACUGAAACCAUUGCAGCUACUGGAAAUCAAAGCUAGGGGGCGCUUUGGUUGUGUUUGGAAGGCCCAACUAAUGAGCGAAUAUGUCGCUGUAAAGAUCUUCCCUGUUCAGGAUAAGCAGUCAUGGCAAAAUGAGCGUGACAUAUUCAUGACCCCAGGAAUGAGACAUGAAAACAUCUUGCGUUACAUUGCUGCAGAGAAGCAUGGAACCAACCUGGAGACAGAGCUAUGGCUUAUUUCUGAGUUUCAUGAGAGGGGCUCAUUGACAGACCACCUGAAGGGUAACACUGUGACCUGGACUGAGCUGUGUCACAUAGCAGAGACCAUGUCUCGUGGCUUGGCCUACCUCCAUGAAGACAUUCCCAGCUACAAGGGAGAGGGGCCCAAACCCACUAUUGCACACAGGGACUUUAAGAGUAAGAAUGUGAUGCUACGAGAUGAUUUAACUGCAGUCAUUGGAGACUUUGGGCUCGCUGUACGAUUUGAGCCAGGAAAACCUCCCGGAGAUACUCAUGGCCAGGUGGGUACGAGGCGUUACAUGGCUCCAGAGGUGCUGGAGGGAGCUAUCAACUUUCAGCGAGACUCCUUCCUGAGGAUAGACAUGUAUGCUAUGGGCUUGGUGCUGUGGGAGCUGGUGUCCCGCUGCUCAGAGACAGACGUUACAGUUGGCGAGUACAUGCUGCCAUUUGAGGAUGAAAUAGGCCAGCAUCCCUCCUUGGAAGAUCUGCAGGAUGUGGUUGUGCACAAGAAGAUGCGUCCCGUCAUUAAGGACUUGUGGCUCAAACAUCCUGGUCUAAGCCAGAUGUGUGAGACCAUUGAGGAAUGCUGGGACCAUGACGCAGAGGCACGACUGUCGGCAGGCUGCGUCGAGGAGCGUAUCAGCCAGAUCACCAGGACGAUAGGCAGCACUACCUCAGACAGCCCCGUCUCCAUUGUGACGUCUCUCAUUAACGAGGACCUACCUCCCAAAGAGUCCAGCACCUGAACUGGUGACACCAUCCCUCACCUGAGCUCCUGACUUUCAUUUUUCAAAUCCAAACUCAGCGGAUCUCUGUGAAUAUUUAAACACAUAAAAAAAAACAAAAAAACAACUAGCAACUUAAAUGCAGCUGCUAUUUUAUCCCAUACUGGUAUUUUUUUCUGUUAAAUGUUUUUUUCUAUGUUUAAAGUCAGACCUUACUAACACAUCCAUCUGCUGUAGUUGAAGUAGUAAUAAGCUAUGCGUUGGGCACAUCUGAUAACACCCAUGUGUCAAAUCUUAAAUGUCGCCAUUACCUCAUGUAUUUCUUUUGUGUUGGUCUAUUUUAUUACCUCAUGAGUUGUCAUCUUUGUUGUUUUUCCUGUCGUGGUCAUGAUCGUCUGCGGCCAAAUGAAAUGAACCUUUGCUCCAAACCUCAGACGACGUGCUGCACACCUCGGAGGAACCGUUUUGAGACUGUUAGACAAAAUAUAUACAUCUUCCUCAGGGGUCGAAGCUUCUCGAUUUUUAAACUCGGAGUGCGCUCUCUUAUUUUAAACCUGUGAAUUCCUCAGAACGAGAAAAGAUCAAAAACAUCGGAGCACAGCUGUUUUAUCAGAAAUGAGGGAGCUGAAUGGGAGCUGAGCAGUUGUACUGGACAUUUUGGACUUUCUGAAGAUUUGGGACAAGCGUCUUGUCCCCGGGGAACUACCUCUCAGGUAUCCAGUAGGCUUCUUUGGAACAUUUUCUCUAAGUUGAGAGCCAAGCUAUCCAGCUAGCUAUCAUGAACAUAUUCCUGGAUUUUUUUGUUUUUUUCUCAAAUUGUUGAAAUACAGAGCUGCGCCUUUGCCAAUGCCGGGGGCAUUGACAUAUGCUGUCUGGAGUUGCAAUGUUACACAUUCUUAAUUUUAAUGGUCUGUGUGAAUGCGUGUGUGUGAGAAUUUGAAGACUAAAUGUGUGAUGGAUAGAGAACAUGUUUUUAAAGUAAGAACCACGGGCAGGUAGUUGGGGGUUUAUCCUUGCAAGGGCCAUACUUGAGUAAGCAACAUGUCUGUUUUUAAUUUCCUUGGGUGUUUGUUCAAUAGACUCAGUUGGACACCAGUCCCCAGAUACCUCAGUCACUGUAUGUCAUGCAAGGAGAGCUCAAAUUGUUGCCUUUGUCCCAAAUGCAAUGCCAUAGUUGUACCAUAACAUGAAUACCAUACAUUGAAUGUCCGUUAUGCUGCUGUGACUAUUCCAGGAUACUCAAGGAUUUGUAGAUGUACAUGUAUUCUUUGUUAAUAUAAUGCUAACAUGUGAUAACUAUCCACGAUAUUAUGAGGCUAAUAUUCUGUUUUUGUGUUUUUUCGACUGAGUAAGCCCUCACCUGCUUACUCCUCCAGACUGACCUCAGAUAUUCUGACAAGUACCUCAGGCUUUUUCUACAUGUAUAUCAAGUUGUGUUAUGUAUUUUUAUUGUGUUUUAGUAGUUGAGAUAUUUUAUUGCUGGUUGGGCCUCUUGUCUGUGGAGAUUUUUUAAAUAGGGCCUGACUAGUUUUCAUGGUGUUAAUGCUCUACAAACCUAAAAGAAGAUAGGCAGAUUCUUGUAAAUAUGCGUGUACACACAGUUGCCGAACACUGAUCUUUUUUUUUAUUUUUAAUGCAAAUCAGGGCAUUGCUGUUCUCAAUUGACAGAAACACAAAGGGAUUUCUUAGUUCCACAUCUACAUAUUUAAAUCAUAUUGACAACUAGCCCUGUGAUUGUUUCCUUUUUUUCAGUAAGGUGGUUGUGUUACUGAUUUCAGUGAAUAAUGGCAUCAGUUCCUCUGCAUCAGAAGUGUGGGUAACAUUUGCAUUAGAAAGCUUGGUAUGUACACUGCCGUUCAAAAGUUUGGGGUCCCUUAGAAAGCAGUUUUUUCCAAUGGAGAUAGCAUUAAAUGAAUCAGAAAUACAGUCUAGACAUUGUUAAUAUGGUAAAUGACUAUUCUAGCUGGAAACAGCUGAUUUUUAAUGGAAUAUCUCCAUAGGGGUACAGAGGAACAUUUCCAGCAACCAUCACUCCUGUGUUCUAAUGCUACAUUGUGUUAGCUAAUGGUGUUGAAAGGCUGAUUGAUGAUUAGAAAAUGCUUGUGCAAUUAUGUUAGCACAUGAAUAAAAAUGUGAGUUUUCAUGGAAACAUGAAAUUGUCUGGGUGACCCCAAACUUUUGAACAGUAGUGUAUAUUAUCAAGAACACACACACAAAAAAAAAACCCUAACAGAAGUUUCUUAUGGUUUGGUGCUGGGAAGCUUCUGUGAUUUGCCACUUGUUUGAAAUACCUGUUUGAGCAGUAUUGCCUCAAUAUUAACCUGCUGAUGUGAUGGUCAGACCUGUUUUAGUGAUAGUUUAGCCACGUUGGACGACACACAGGCUCUUAUGUUUUGCUUCGAUUAGUGCUGUGGAAAGAUGGUGAUUUUUAACAGUGGUCUGUAAUGCUUGCUGAUGUGCAGUUUUAGUAAAAAGGACAUUUGGAAAAAAAAAAAAAACCUAAAUCAAUCAAUACCGGACAAUGUUUUCAGUGUUUAAAAUCAUCGUCUUUGUAACCACAUGAUUGAUGAUGCAGCACCAUUAGGAUUCAUGAAAGCAGUGGCAUGUUCAUGAUCCAAGGGUCCAGCAAUAUUAAUUAUACAGCAAUAGUCAUUUGAAUAUGAUAGUUUGUCAUUAAGCUCAGCUGUUACUUAGGUUUCUUCUGCAGAUCAAUAAAGUACAUCUCAUUACACCUGGAUCAUGUCCUUACGGUGGGGACACAUGUUGAAGUCUCCUAAUAGAAGAAUGCUAUGGGUUGAAUUUUCGUGUGUAAGCUGAAUGCCCCCCCCCUCCCCCCAGGUGCUUUCACGAAUUGUGCCAGAAAAACAACAGUCAUGUAGGAAAAUCUGUCGUGAUUGGUUGUUACCUCAAAAUGCUGUCUUACACCCAGCUCUUCUGAACAGAAAAAAACCACUUACCUCAUGCAGGACCUCGUUAGUAACACUAACAUGGAGUCAGUCUCAUCUUCAACAAAAAAAAGAAAAAGAAAAAAAAUAAACUUAUCAAAUACUGUGUAUAUAUUUACUUGACAAAUGUAAAGGAUUUCUUCCGUUUCAUGUGUGGAACCUGUGAAAGCAAAAUCCUUUUUAAAAUUUUUUUAUCAUUUACAGUCGGCAUAUUGUUCAUUACUCGUAGGUUGAAUGGGUGUUUGACUGAAUUGUAUGACCUUCCCUGUUUAUGUGAACUCUGUGUGUGAGAGUGUAUGUGUGGCGGCAGGUGUGAUGUUUUAAGUAUGUUGGCUGGUUUCACUAAAACAGUAUGAAUGGUAACUUUAUCUGUGGGUUGAAAUGGUUAGAAAUAUAAACUAGAUGAGAAUACAUCCAUCUUUUUGUAUAUGAAAAUAAAGACAAAUCCUGAUUAACCAUGUAAA